UGACGCAGUACGUUCAAUGGCUGUGACUUGUGUGUUACGGAAAUGCGAUGACAAGCUCGAUAUUACUCCUAAAUGUCACAAGGUUCAGAUGAAAACACGACUCCAGUUGAAAGGUUGCUGUUCAGAUGAGGAGGGAUAACCUGGUCGACCCCUUGUGUCACCCUCCGUUGCCAUGGCAAUGCCCUAUUGGCCCACAUUCAUGCUCCUUCUUUUUCUGUCCUUAUUCACUCUCUUGCUUCUGACCCUCCCGCGUCUCGUGACCCAAUCAGUCCCCAUCUCUUCCUCCUCUCCUCAUUCACCUUGGCCGUCACUCUCCUGCGGUCUGGGUCAGUCCUGGGCUGUCCGGAUCCACUCUGGCCUACAUCAUGAGGAAGAUGAUGGUGAACAGAGCUCGGUGCACAUGGAUGUGAUAGCCAACAGGGUAGCAGAGCAGGCGGGGAUGAAGAACCAGGGCCAGAUUGGACAGCUAGAAGGCCAUUACCUGCUGUGUUCUGACCACCCUGGAUUUCUGGCUAGUAUUUGGAGCAGGAGUGCCUGGCCUGGGGAUGUCCUGGCAGCCCACCCUCAUGUCAUGUGGUACUCUCAGGACAGAGUGCUAAGCCGUUCAAAGAGAUCGAUGGCCUUCAACGAUCCCAACUACCCUAAACAGUGGCAUCUGCACAAUCACCUCAAUAAGGGUAUGGACAUCAAUGUAACAGGGGUGUGGGAGCGAAACAUCACAGGUCGAGGAGUUACAGUGGUAGUGGUAGAUGACGGGGUGGAGCACACCCACCAGGACAUCCAGCCAAACUAUAGUCCCGAGGGCAGCUACGACCUGAACUCCAACGAUCCAGACCCCAUGCCUCACCCAGAUGUCCACAGCGACAACCACCACGGCACGCGCUGCGCCGGAGAGAUCGCAGCCGUUCCCAAUAACAGCUUCUGUGCUGUAGGGGUGGCCUACGGCAGCAAGGUGGCAGGUAUCAGAGUCCUAGACGGCCCUCUGACAGACAGCCUGGAGGCCAUAGCCUUCAACAAGCACUACCAGGUCAACGACAUCUACAGCUGCAGUUGGGGUCCAGACGAUGACGGACACACUGUAGAUGGACCCCAUCCUCUGGGCAAGGCGGCGUUGCAGCACGGGGUCAUCGCAGGCAGACAAGGCUUCGGCAGCAUCUUUGUGGUUGCCAGCGGCAACGGAGGUCAAUACAAUGACAACUGCAACUACGACGGCUAUGCCAACUCCAUCUACACCAUCACAAUUGGUGCGGUCGAUGAGAAAGGCAAGAUGCCCUUUUACGCUGAAGAGUGUGCCAGUAUGCUGGCUGUCACUUUCAGCAGUGGGGGAAGCACACUGAGGAGUAUUGUGACGUCAGACUGGUCCAUGCGGCAGGGGACCGGGUGCACGGAGGGCCACACCGGCACAUCUGCUGCAGCCCCCCUGGCUGCAGGAAUGGUGGCGCUGAUGCUGCAGGUCCGUCCCUGUCUGAGCUGGAGGGACGUGCAGCACAUCAUCGCCUUCACUGCCACCAAGUGUGACAACAUUGCAGACUGGAGGGUGAACGGAGCUGGUUUCUCCCACAGCCACCAACACGGUUUCGGUGUGCUCAACGCAUGGAGACUUGUCAAUGCUGCCAAGGUGUGGGAGUCAGUGCCAUUUCUGGUGUCCUAUCAGAGCUCAGUAAUAAAGGAGGACGUGACCAUCUCAACUUAUCCCGACGAGCUGAUCCACAACUGGACAGUCUCUGCUGCUGACCUGAAACAGUCUGGAAUGGAGACACUGGAGCAUGUGGCUGUUACCGUGACGAUAACACACCCUUGCCGUGGCAACGUGGAGAUUCUGUUGGUCUGUCCCAGCGGUAUGACAUCAGUCAUCGGCGCACGCAGAGUUAUCGACAGAGACUCUGCAGGCUACCAGGACUGGACCUUCUCCACUGUACGCUGCUGGGGAGAGAGAGCUCAAGGCCAGUACACCCUCAAGAUAUCUGACCACAAAGAGACGUCACUGGAGCAGUGUGCCGCUGCUGGAGUGUUGAAGCAGUGGCAGUUGACCCUGUAUGGUUCCUCUAUGACUUUCAGUGAGGUCCAGGACAGACAGAGGCUGGUGGUGGACGCUAUGAGUGGCAAGUAUCUGGACAGCAGCUUCUCUCUGCCCUGCCCUCCAGGCCUGGACAUCCCUUCAGAGAUCAUCAACCCUUUCACCUCCAACAGCCUGAAGUUCCUGCUGUUGCUGGGCUGCUUUGCUCUUUUCUGGUCUGUCUACUACACACUGGAGGUCACACUGGCCCACCUGGACUUCAGAGGCCUUCUGUGCCUUCGCAGGAGACGGGGAGUUCCCCGGGCCCGGAGAGGGCGCAGAGGAGUGGAGGAGGCAAUGUUAGAGGAGGAUGAUGGGGAGGAGGAGCAGGACUCAGGGGUGGACUUGCAUGCUGUGUUGGACUCCGACGCCAAAUCGCCGCUUUUAAACGGGGAUUCGUUCGCAACGUAGUGUUGAGCCAUGAUGGGUGUGCAACCUUUCACUGCCUAUGCUCAUGGGAUGACUCAGGCUUUCACCUGCCUCCUUCAGUCAACUUUUUCUGUGGUGGUGGUGGUAGGAGGGGGUCACAGCAUCGACUGGACUUAUCUGAAGAGUGGACUGUUUGCCCUUGUCUGCAUUCCCACAAAAUGUGGCCUUUUAUGAACGUGUGUGUGUGUGUGUGUGUGUGUGUGUGUGUUCGUGUUCUCCUUAUGGUCCUCAUAAGGAAAGAAAAAAUGAGGACGAUGUGAGGAUAUUUUGUCACUCCUGGGGCUACACUUCCCAUCAGGUUUAGAGUCAGGGUGUGACAUGAACUGGAGAGGGACCUAAUGGGGUUUAUUGUCGCGGUAAAAUUGCAUGUUUGCAUGCGUGAAAGUGUGUUUACAGGCUUGUCUGUGUGUGAAGGUGUACCCAUUGGUGCACCGAUUGGUGGGGUAUACUGACAAACACCUGUGGGGGGUCAUUAAACCAAGAGGGUGAGAAAAAUGUCGUGUGCGUGUGUGAGACAUGAUGGGUGUGCUAGUAAUAUACAAGGUCUUCCAUGAAAAAGAGUACUUUACUCAAAUGUGAGGUUCUAAAAGAAUACUUUUUAAUUUUUAAAAAGUAUGAUUUAUUUUCUGAAGUUUUAUUUGAUUUUGUCUGGGUUUGUUAUUAGUAUUAUCUGCGGGUUAUCAACCAACUACUGAUAAAAACUUGAAGUGGGAUUUUCAAGUGUGGGAUUUUUAUAUGUAUUUUUUAUGAAGUGUAAUAUAUAAAUAUAUACACAAUGUGUGCCUGCUGUACAGAUAUAUAUCAAGUGUGUUUAAGGAUUUAUACAAAGUGUUUUGUAAGAAUGUAUUAAAGAGUUCUAAUUUUUUAAGGGAAAGAAGUGUUGGAGUGAAGCUGGAGACUGUGUUUUGCUGUGCAAGUCACAGGUGAUCUGAAUGAUAAUAAAAGACUUGAUGGAAUAUGAAAUUGUUAAUGUGGUUUUUGAAACAUAGAAUAUUUUUAUGAGAAUCUAUUAUUAUUUAGAUUCUGUGCGUCAGUGAAUUUCACUGACUUCUCCAGGAACUUCUCUCUAUGACUGAUAUGAUCCACAAUAAACGGAUUUUCUUGUAAAUGGAUCACAAGGAUGCAGAAAUAACUACAUACUACAUACAUGCUGUCAAGUGUCUGUUAAAAUCCUUCCUUCUCAGGAGCUAAAUUGUCCAAAAGUUGUGAU